AUGGUAAUAACAAACCUGGAUUCUGCUGCUGCUGCUGCUCAUGCUGCUAGUGCAACCGCUACUGCUGCCCCUACCGCUGCAGAUCUGCCUCCCAUUAGAAAACUGAAAUCUUCUUUGAAAUUAUCAAGAAGUUCAUCCACGGAGACUUUUUCCACGGGUGGAUCCUCCACGCCAAAAAUUGUAAGGUUCGCCCCACAAUUAACAACCGUGAAAAGAUUCGAUUAUAGAGAUGAACCAAUAAUAAUAUCAAAUGAAAACUCCCCCAUGGGGUCCCCGCUAUUGGAUUAUCAACGCGAUAAUAACGAACCGGAUUUCCCCUUCACUAAUACUCUGAAGAGAAACAAACAAAAUAAUAAUAAUAGGUACCAUUUCAAUUUGGAGAAUGAUCUCGAGUGGGAAACGGAAAAGUACUGGUUUAAUAAUUCCGCUUUGUUACCAGAUCUUUUGAAAAAUGAAAAAAUGUUCAAUUAUUAUAACGAUUUGAAUGAUUUCCAUCUGGAUGAUUUUUAUCAAGGUGGGAAAUCAGAGGAUGAAGAUGACGAUGACGAUGACGAUGAUAGUUUGGAUGAUUUUAAUGCUGAUGAUUUCUUGAAACCUCAUCAUCGUCAAAACUCAAUCCUUUUGCAUAAUGGAUCUCAGGAAGAUACAGGAAACAAACAAGGUGAUCGUGAUGACGAUCAUCAUUUCAUUUAUCAUAACAAUGCUAACACAAUGAAUUCAACAUUGAAUAGCAAUUCCGUUUUACUCUCCGCUACCUCUCAUUCUUUUGAUUCCAUAAAUUGGAUCUUGAAAAGUUCCAAUAUUUCCACUUUCCAUGAUACAAAUAAGAAAAAUUCAUUGGAAGUUUCAUUGUUUAAUUUCCUUCAGGGGCAAAAUAUUAGAUUGCAUUCAUUAAAUCAAGAUUCUAAUAAUUCAAGUAAAUUAAUUGGGUUAAUUUACGUCAAUAAUUUGAAUUUUGAAAAAUUUAUUGAAAUUAAAUUCUCAUUUAAUCAUUGGAAAGAUAUUCAUUAUGUCACAGCAUUCUUAAAUAAAUCUGUCACUUCCAACAUUGAUGAAUUUAAAUUCGUCAUUGAUUUAAAUUCUUUGAAAUUUUUCUUACAGGUUAAGAAUCUUUUAUCCUCGAAAUUACCGAAAAACAAUUUAAACAUGGAGUUAUGUUGUCGUUACGAUGUUAAUAAUGAAACAUACUAUGAUAAUAAUAAUUAUUCCAAUUAUCACAUCUCUUUAUAUUCCAUCUUUGAAAAUUUUGAACCACAAUUGAUACCAAAUAACAAAAUAUCCAACAAACAAUCGAAUAUUCCAAAAAAUUCUUCCUAUUAUUCAAAUUACAUUACUCCAGCAGUAAAGCAACAACAACGACCACAACAAUUUUCAAACUUGUCACUUUCAUCAGUCGCUUCAUCUUCAGAUUCAUCAUCUCAAAGAACUUUUAGUGAAGGUACUGAUUACUUUAAUACCUCCCCUUUGAAACACCUAUAUCACAAUGAUACAACACCAUUUGUAAGAAAACCAACGAGACAAAAUGAAGUUAUUAAUAACAUUGAUGACUUGAUUAAUAACAAUGAUAAUAGCAAUGCCGGCAUUUCUUUAUCUUCAUCAUCAUCCACAUCAUCAUCAGAAUCUCCAUCGCCAAUUAUCCCUGACAUUAAGAAACAAAAACAAUCUAAAGCAUCAUUCACCUUUACUGACUCAAAUAGAACCAUUAAAAAUAACAGCAAUACACUACAAUUAAGAAAUUCAUCGUCGUCCACAAAAAUUCCAAUGUCAUCUUCAUCAUCGACUUCAUCAUCACCAUCUAAUUAUCCAAUUUCACAAUUAGAUGAAUUUGACUAUUCGAAUUUAUACGAACCAAACGAUAACUUAAUGACAGAUGCAAAUUUAUUUAAUUACUCUUUCAAUUCAAUUAAUAAUUCCACAGCAGCAAUAACUGCAAACAUUGAUGAUAAUUCAUGUUUCCAAUAUCUUUCUCCAUUCUAUGCAGAUAACCCACCAGUGGAAACAACAACUAACAACAAUAAUAAUAAUAACCUGGUGGGUCAGCAUGAUCCAUAUUUCGUUGAUGACAAUCAAAGCAUAUUCACUGAUACAACAAUAGAUAAUAAUAACAUUGAUAAUUUACAAAGGAAUGGUUUAUAUUCAAGACCUGUACUGAUACAUGAUAAGAACAAUAAUUCCACAGAUACUUUAAUAUUACAAAAUCCUCAUCCUCCUCCUCCGCCGUCGUUGCCCCUAGAUAAUGAUGAUAUCCAUAGUUUUAAUAAUGAUGAUAAUGAUAAUGAUAAUGUAACGAUACCGACAUCAACAACGUCUCAUUCAGACUUAAACUCAAACUCAACUUCUAAUACGAAAUCUAUUAAUAUAACGAAUUCAAUAUCCAUUAAUGAUCAUAAUCGUUUACAUCAUCCAUUCACCACCAAUCAUGAUCAAAUUCAAAAUCAUGAUCGAAAUACAAUCAAGACAUCUACUUUAAAUAACAUGGACUAUCAAUCAUUUCUAGAAUCAUACUGCUUUUACAACCCAUCAAGCAUGCUAGGUCAAAGGCAAGUGGACACCGGUGGGAACAAUAAUAACAGUUCCCCUAACAACAAAAACGUUAAUGAUGAGGAAAUAAAUAUUCAUGUGGAAACUACACCUACAUCAAGUACAGGUAAUGGAAGCACAUUAUCACCGAAUGAAUUCUUGGGAGAUUCAUUAUUAAGCUCAACGCCACCGAUACUUUCACAGGGACAUGAUCGAUGGCAGAUUUAG